AUGGCACCCCAAAAACAUACUCAAACACCUCUUAGUGAUUUUACGAAUAAAUCAGCAACUAAACGGCCUUUGACAACUUCUUCCCCAGGCCUUCCUGCCAAGCGACAACAAUUUCUCGAUCAAAUUUCGAGCUUAAAUUUCGAUCAAAUUCAAGACGACACAUCCAUUUCUCCUGCAGCUCGCACAAUUAUUUCUCAACUUGGUAACCUCCUCAAAACCGCUGCUUGCAUUAUUUCUGAUAUGUCCCAACAACAGACUAUUUCUACACUUGAUAUUGACAACGCAAUCUCCGAAAAGGAGAGGCAGCGUUCUAUUGUAAUUUCUGGGCUUCCCACAUCAGUACAACCUCUUCCAUCAGCACGAGCUCAAGAAGAUAGAAAUAAUGUCUCAUGUAUUCUCGAUAAGUUGGGGAUCGAGAUUUGCCCUCAGUCUGUUUAUAGGCUUGGCAAGGACCACCCAACCCGUAAUGGUGCUCCCCCUCUCGUAAAAUGUGUUUUUCCGGCAUCUUAUUUUCAGAAAGCAACACUCCAAGCCUGGACACGACAACGUAACACACUUAAACAAACACCUUCUUUUCGUAAUCUAAAUAUCCGUGAAUCUAUGACUACAGAGCAACGCAAUGCACGCAAGGAAUUACAAGACAAAUGUAAACAAAAACGGAUGGAAGAUAAUGGUGAUUGGGUAAUUUAUGCUAAUACUAUCAUCCUCCGUGAAAAUAUUUCUACUUUUCGUAAAUCUCUUGCAUAG